AUGGAAGAGUUGAAUGAAGCAAAUUACGAUACACUUGAAUGGCUUCCCCAAAAUGCUCCUUAUGUAGAAGUUGAUCCGGAGAAGAUAAAAUUAAUUAAAACUCCAACGGAAUUUUACGAAAAAUUACUGUGCUUGAUUCGAGAAGCGAAAGAAAGAAUCAUAAUCUCAACCUUAUACUUCGGUAACGGCAGUUAUGAAAAAGCUUUGGUGGACGAAUUGGAGAAAGCAUUAGCUAUCAAUCCAAGUUUAAAAAUGAAUAUCCUUGUGGAUUGUCUGAGAGGUACACGUGGUACAACAGAAAACAAUUCAGUCGUGUUAUUAAAAAGGUAUGGAUGCAUUGUGCCCUUUCUUUAUCGAAAUUUUAAAAGACUGACACCUCGUGCAUCAGUGUAUUUAUUCCAUACACCAUGUUUGCGUGGUUUGAAGAAAAUGGUGCUUCCUGAAAAAGUGAAUGAAGUGAUCGGUUUGCAACAUAUGAAACUUUUGGUAUUCGACAAUCAUAUCAUCUUUACCGGGGCUAAUCUUUCAGAUAUUUAUUUCACAAAUCGAUUGGAUAGAUAUAUAGUUAUUGAGAAUUGUCCACAACUUGCAAAUUUUAUUGAUUCAUUGGUUGAAGCUGUUGGAUCAUGCUCAUUCAUGUUGAAUACGCAAGGAACUACCAGUUUAGCGAAAAGAUGCGAUAUUCAUCCUUUUAAAGGGAGCCAUGAGGCAUAUAAGAGUAUGAUGUACGAUCGAGUCAUGUCAACGCUGAAUGCAUUUAGCAAAGAAUGUGAUUUGGGGAACCGUUUUUCUACUGGUACACGGAUAUAUCCGUUGUUACAAAUGGGCAUCGUGUCGAUCAAUCAGGAAUUCAAGUUUUUAAAAAAAUUGUUAUCCAUUCAGAAUCAUCAAUUAUCAUUAACAAUAUCAUCGGGCUAUUUUAAUUUCACUGACACUUACAUUGAUCUCAUAUCAAAUCAAAAUUGCUUCGAAAUGGAUGUCAUUUAUGCAUCACCUCAAGCAAAUGGAUUCUAUCAAGCAUCCGGUUUGUUUGGUUUCAUUCCGCUGAUGUACGUUCAUAUAUCACAUCUUUUCUAUAAAAUAAUGGGUUCGACUAUUCGAAUGUUCGAAUAUAAUAGACCAGGAUGGACCUAUCACGCAAAAGGUCUAUGGAUUGAUUCCAAGCAGUCAUCGCUUUCAGCUACUAUAAUUGGCUCAUCCAAUUUCGGUCAUCGAUCUGUACAUCGAGAUCUCGAAGCGCAGUUCCUUAUAACUACCUGUAGUGAGAAAUUGAAAAGAGGUCUGCAGGAGGAGCGUUCGCGAAUAUUGGAUUAUACAACAAAAGUGGAUGCUGCAACCUUCUUACAACGUGACCAUUUCGUUCCAUUCUGGAUUCGUUUAAUUUCCCGAGCUAAUGCAAUUAAUGUAUAUGUGGGCCGAUUCAUAGUUGACACAUUCAUCUAUCGUCAUUCUUCUCUAAAUAUGGUAUUACUACAAGGUUUAAUAUUUGGUCGUGCUUUAAUGGAAUUGUUAGCACGAAAGGGGCCAACGCCAACAGCAACUGCUAUACGUCUUUCGCAUCGAAAUCGAGCGCAACGUAAAAAUGGAAUGCAUUGUGGAUUUAAACAUACGGUAAAUCCGUAUGAACGUAAAGAAUUACUGCAAAGGCUAGGGAGUUGUUCAGUUCGUCAUUUGUCAUCGGGGACAGCAGCAGCGUCAUCACCGAAGUCGUUGAAUGAGUUUCUUAAGGAUGAAGUUUGGAUUCCAGUUUAUCGUUUUCGAGGAAUUCAUUAUUCUGUUAUGGCUACGAAAGUGAAACUCGCGUUAACAAUAUCAAGUGUAUCAUUGAUACCAUAUAAAUACUGGCAGUAUCUUGAUGAUACAGUAUCCAUUGACCAUUUCAUAUCCAUUUCGGCUUUCGCCUCAUUCACAACAUUAGCAUUUAUCUUCUUUUGCAGAUUUUUCAAUGGCUUAAUAGGUGUGAUUUCGAUGAACGAAACAAAUGAGUAUAUACGAGUCGGAUAUUUGUCAUUUUGGGGGACGAGAUGUAAUAAAUACAUGAAAGUAGAUGAUGUAAUACCGCUUAAUGAAUUAAGUACCGGCAUCAACAACAAAGUUAUCCGGCUUCGACAAUAUUCAUCGAAUGGAAUGCUGCGUCUGUCACUGUUUAAUGCGGAACUUUUAGACAAGGAACGAGCCACUAUCUUGUUCGGUGAUAUUAAUGUCUUUUCUUCUGCCAAAAAAACAGAAUGA